AUGAAAUCUUUAAUUGAAAUCCCUAAAAAGCUUUAUUAUAGUCAAGGUUUAGAAUUAUUAGGCACCAUAUCCACCAACUUCCAAUUGGCUCAUAUUUCCGUCGUACAGAAUGUUGAUGAUUUUUACUAUGUUCAAUACCCAGUAUUACUCAAACAAGCCCCCCACCAAGCACGAGCCGUAUUAGGCUCUCAUGUGUUACGUGAUGGGAAGAGAAAUACCAGUUUCAGCAUUGUAGUUCAUCCUGACUAUGCCAGCUCGGCUUACGUCAAAUAUUCGGUAGAGGCAGAAGUAUGGGUCGAUGGGAAAUGUGAAAAGUUCAGUAAAAAUAUUGAAUUGAUCAAAAUUUCCAUACCCAGACAAAUUAACAUCCAAGGACAAACCAUCCCUACGGUCGUAGACUUAAAAACAAAGUACAAAGUCAUAGAAUAUGAAAAGAUCAGAGUUGAAGGUAAUAAGGAUAAAAUUAGUAUUACAAAUAAAAAGUCUAUCAGUUUCAACAGUGUCAACAUAUCGAAAACUCAUAAAUUGAAAGUUAAAAUUGAUGGCAAAUAUUAUUUAACUCCAGUUACUAUUGUACAAGAUUCACAAUCGAUGAUUCCGUGUCCUGAAUAUGUAUCUCCCCCGUCAUAUACAUCUAACAGAUAA